AUGAGCUACUCAGAACGAUGGUAUUUCUACGAUUCCCCAGAUGGUAUGCGUAUUGACACAUUGGACGAUGACCUUCGAGUAUUUUGCACGGUAGAAGUGGCUGAUUACAACGGGAUCCAGGGUAUCUGGGUAACUGAUGAGUCCAAUGAAGAAAUCAAGAUGUUUUUGAGCGAAUUGGUGUGCUGUGGCACGACAAGGGACGACAAUCGCAUCACGAAAGUUUUGAGCAAGCACAAGGUGUUUCUGGUACCGCAUGUGUUCCGGAAUGAUGAGAUAUACGAUCUAAUACCCAGACUAGCACCAUUGGAUUCAGAAAUUUUGAAGGUGGACUAUUCUGUGAGCGAAACACGGUUGUUAAACCAAUUUCAAAUUGAAAUCAGGCCAGGCGAUUUCCCAGAGGGCCAGGGUUCAUUGCCAAGGCUUUUGUCCGAAAAGUUUGGGAUCGUGGAUACGCUGCCGAUAAAAGCGGUAUCCGUUGCAUCGCAGAGAACUACGUUAACUCCUAUGCAUCUCGAGCAACCCGGACCCUCGUCUUCAUCAUCAAGAGCAGCUGGUUGUCUUGUCGUAUUAGAAUAUUUAUUUACACAUACAUCUUCUCUACAUCAUCAUAAAUAG